AUGUCGACCGAAAAGCAGAUCACGGUGCCCUUCACGAAGGACAUCGACACGCACAACCUGCCCGUAUCGUUGCCGACGGAAGCGACUACGAACCGCGAGGAACUCAUGUCGUACUUCAAGCUCAUGUACACCAUGCGCCGCAUGGAGAUCACGUGCGACACCGAGUACAAGGACUCUUGGAUCACCUCGUACCGAUGCCACUGCACGGCACUGGCGCGGGGGGGCACGGUGGAGUCGGUCUUCGCCGAGUUGUUCGGGUUCAAGGAGGGCGUGUCCCGCGGGAAGGGGGGAUCGAUGCACAUGUACAACAAGGAGCACAGCUUCUUCGGGGGGCAGGGUAUCGUGGGCGCGCAAGUGCCGGUGGGCACCGGGCUUGCGUUUGCGAGCAAGUACUCGGCGCCGGCGGGGGAGGACACGCCCGUGGCCUUGGCCAUGUACGGGGAUGGAGCGGCCAACCAGGGACAGAUCUGGGAGGCAGCCAACAUGGCUUCGUUGUGGAAGCUGCCGAUGAUCUACUGCAUCGAGAACAACCAGUACGGCAUGGGGACCUCGAAGGAGAGGUCAUCAUCGAACUCCACCUACUACACCAUGGGCAACCACAUCCCCGGCUUCAAGCUGGACGGCAUGAACGUGCUCAUGAUCAGAGAGGGGUUCGCGUUCGCCAAGGACUGGUGCUCCAAGGGCAACGGCCCAAUCUACAUUGAGGUCGACACUUACCGAUACCACGGGCACUCCAUGUCCGACCCCGGGACGACCUACCGCAACCGCGACGAGAUCGCGUCCAUGCGCACGGCCCGCGACCCCAUCGAGUUCGUCAAGAACCUGCUCGUGGACAACGGCCUCGCGGAGGCGCAGGAGCUCAAGGACAUCGAGAAGGACAUCCGGAAGGAGGUCCAGGAGGCGCUGAAGAAGGCGAAGGGGGGCACGCAGCCCCCGGACGAGGAGCUGUACAGCAACAUCUGGGUGGCGGGGGAAAAGUACGAGACGCCCGUGACGCCUGGGUACAUCCGCAUGCCCGACCGCUCCAAGAGCAUCGGGAACAUCAUGAGCGACGUUGUGGUCUAAAUUUCGCUCUCCUCGCUCUAGAUAGGUCUUUCCCGAAGUUUUGUAGUCGCAACAUCGUUGGUGAAGGUUGUGGAAUAGGUUUCAUCCCAUCGAGUAUGAAACCGCAGUGCCUGGUAUUCCCAAGCGUUUGGUGGGCAGAUUGUGUGGGGUUGCACGUGUACAGGAAUGUCCACCCUCCAGAGAAACCGCGACCCAGCCAAGACCUAAGCACAAGUGUCGUGCACGAGUUUGUGCAGCGGCUUUGGAUACGCUCAUAGUCUGAUCGCACAUUUGCUUGGGACGAAGAGAGGGAAUAUGUCGUGUGAUGGUACAUUCCUUUGAGCAAGCAGAAGGUUGGUUGUCGUUGGGUCAUUGUUUGGGUCGUGGUUUUAUGUGUGUCGGCGUCGGUCCCACGAGGUAGUAUAUUUUAGUGCUCGACGAAAGCGAGCACACCAUGAUGUGUUGCACUCUCCUUCGGCAUCGAGCAAAUUUUGGUUCUAUAUUUUCUGGUGCAGCCACCAAAAGUGUUCUUUUCCCCGAGCAACCACUUUCCGCCCGGUUUGGUGACGCAUUAGCGUGACAUGGGCAGGGGCGGAAGGUAAUCCCCGCUUGUGUCCCCCGUUUCCCCAACUAUGGCACGUGAGAGUUAUCCCCGACAUGGUCCAACGAUGCAUGAUGAUACGGGGCUGUUUCAUCACAUUUUUCUCGCAACUCG